UGGCGGGAAAGUGGUGGCUGAGUAGCAUGGCGGCUGCGGCUUCCGAGUCGCCGUCCUCCGGUGGCCCCGGGGCCGUGCGGCUGCCGCGCUCGCCGCCACUCAAGGUGCUGGCAGGACAGCUGCGGCAGCACGCAGAGGGUGGCCCGGGCGCGUGGCGGCUGUCGCGGGCGGCAUUGGGCCGCGCCCCGCUGGAGCUGGUGGCCGUGUGGAUGCAGGGUACCGUGCUGGCGGCGGAAGGCGGCCAGGCGCGGCUGCGCGACCCGAGCGGGGCCUUCUCCGUGCGCGGCCUGGAGCGCGUCCCACGCGGCCGGCCUUGCCUGCUCCCAGGAAAAUAUGUGAUGGUGAUGGGGGUGGUUCAGGCCUGCAGUCCUGAGCCCUGCCUGCAGGCCGUGAAGAUCACGGAUCUUUCUGACAAUCCUGUCCACGAAAGCAUGUGGGAGCUGGAGGUGGAAGACUUACACAAGAGCAUUCCUUAGAGCCGGGACCCUCUACGAACACUUUACCCCCAUAUGGGUCUCAGGAACUUCACAAAGGUUUCUUGAAGAUCUUUGCUUUGGUUGAGCCCGACGCCUGGGCCCUGGGAGCUGGGGCCUCAGUUGUCUGAGCUGCUCCUCCCUGCGGGUGCUUUGCUGGCUGGUGAGAAGCAGGUGCCCCCUCCUCACCUGCUUGUGUUCCUCUCUCUCUCUCGGCUGAAGCACAUGGAAAGCUCAUGUUGUCCUGUCCUGAUUCUGUGAGCAAGAACACCUUCCCCUUGACCGUACCUCUGAAUUUCAGUUGUUGCCGAUGGAUUGAUUACAGGCCUGAGGACAGAAUGGCACAGCGGCCUGCGUCCCAUCACCAGCGAUUGCCAUCUUGUGGGUGCAGGCACCAGCCCCUUGCUGCCAGCUCUCUUCACGUUCAGUGCACUCAUUCCUCAUUGUCUGUUUCCUCAGAUUCUAAAGCUGAGGCCAGCUGUUGAAAUCGGUCGGAAUUCUCACAAUUCUCUGAUGAACUUAAAAAUCCAAGAUGGAGAUAGACUUUUCAAGCAUUUCUGCUUCAAAACUGUUGUGGAGAGACAGCCAGGGUGGGAUAGCCUGCAGGCUUAGAGUCCCGGCCUCCUUUCUACAUGAAAUGCCUUUCUGUCGGGAUUGUGACAGUGUUGGGUUUGGCUUUCUGCUGAUUGCCCAGGCUGGAUUCAUAUUUGGAUGGCAAAGACCAAGCAAUCUAUUUUAUGUUAUAAUCCUGCUGCAGGACCCUUCCCAGUAACAUUUUUGUAUGGUGUAGUUUUUAAAAGUAAGCUCUAUUAUCUGUUUGGUUUAAAGACAGGGUCUUAUACAGCUCA